CUCCGGGCUAGUUUGCUGCUGUUGGUCGGCCAACUAAAUGUCUCCACUGGUGGUAUCGAUGACGUCGGCGUGACGUUUGAACAGCAGCGGCGGCAGCAGCGCGAGAAGCAGCAGCAGCAGCAGCAGCCGCAGCCGCCGCCUCCUCCUGCAUGUCCAAGAGUCCCCAUGGAUGACCUGACCAAAGCCCUCUCGGCCAGCUUCGCUGUGUCCAAGGAGCCCAACAGCACAGCUGCCCCGCACCCUCGGCUGGCCCAGUACAAGAGCAAGUACAGUGUCCUGGAGCAGAGCGAGCGACGGAGGCGCUUCCUUGAGCUGCAGAAAAGCAAAAGGUUAAACUACGUCAACCAUGCGCGGCGUCUGGCCGACGGGGACUGGACAGGGGCAGACAGCGACGGGGAGGAGGACAUGGAGAAACAGGAGGUGGGUGAACAGGAGCAAGAUGGCAACGCAGAGGAGGAGGGGAUGGAGAUUGAGAGGAGGAAGCUGCCAAGACAUUAUGCCAACCAGCUCAUGCUGUCAGAGUGGCUGGUGGACGUACCAUCAGAACUGGACACUGAUUGGUUGAUGGUGGUCUCUCCUGUGGGGAAAAGAUCUCUGAUCGUUGCUUCCAAGGGUUCCACUGCGGCGUACACUAAAAGCGGCUACUGUGUGAACCGUUUCCCCUCCCUGCUGCCCGGUGGGAACCGACACAACUCUGCCAUGGGAAAAGACUACACCAUCCUGGACUGCAUUUACAGUGAGGUGGACAGAACGUACUACAUCUUAGACGUCAUGUGCUGGAGAGGCCACCCGGUCUACGACUGCUCGACCGAGUUCCGUUUCUACUGGCUUCAGUCCAAAGUGCAGGAGACGGACGGCCUUUCAGAGAUCGCCAAACGCAACCCCUUCCGGUUUGUGAGCCUCCAAAGCGCAGACUGCACAGCAGAGUCAAUUCAGAAAGCCCUGGCGGCUGAGUACAGCUUCAGCGUGGACGGUCUCCUCUUCUACCACCGGCAGACCCACUACACUCCCGGCAGCACCCCUCUGGUUGGCUGGCUCCGCCCCUACAUGGUCACUGACAUCCUGGGUGUAGAGGUUCCAGCAGGACCUCUCACCACCAAGCCGGAUUAUGCCAGCCAUCAGCUGCAGCAGAUCCUGGAACACAAAAAGACGUCACGCGAAGUCCGUCCGGCCAACAACAGCGGAGGCUAUGAGUUAGAGUACCUGUCCACGCCCAGCCAGGACAGUGGGGACUCUCUGAACUUUCUAAAUCAGAAGCCAAUAAGAGAAGCAAACAUGGAAGACUGAAGGAGAUGUUUCUGAGUGCUGUCGGCCCACAUGUGACUCUUUAGAAUGUCUGCUGAAUAGUUCUUGCAAAGCAUGGCUAAUUCUAAUCUGGCACUUCUCAGGACAACCCUCAGAUUGCAGAUUAGUAGAGCUUUGCUUUAUACGUGUUUUUAUUUUGGCUAAAACAUUCUACAUCUUUACUUAUACCCGCAUGCAAAUUCAAGGAUUAGAACCUAUUCAUUUGCUGGAGUAUAACUGUGCGGUAUUCAGCCACUUUAAUGUCUGUGCCACAGUCUGUUAUGCAGAUCCUUUUCACAGCACCAGACGUAGUUGCAUGGGAUCAAAAAAAAAGGACAAGAGAUGUCUUAUGUCAGUGCAGCACGGCCAAGUUUGUGGUUCGGUGUUUGCUUCUCUUCACUCUGUGAAGUUUAAAAAUCAGAUCUCACACAAGAAACAUCUAAUCUUUUUUUUUCUUCUUUUUUUUAAGUUUGUUGGUUUUCUACAACCUUCUUCAAAACAUAUUCACCGAUUCCAUUUGAGCAACUGUCACGGAGAGUUUCGAGUUUGGGAUUCACUCAGUGGUUAGGAAGGUGAGACGUUAUGAUCAUGCUGAAUGGCAGGAGCGGCAUAUUUUUAAAAUUUAUUGAGAAGUUUGAAAUUGCUAAGAAAGUGUUUUAAAAGUAUGUAUGUUUCUAAAUAAAAGGUUUUUUUUUUAAUUGGA